CCCAUCGAGAGAAAAAAAGAAGAAGAAGAAGAAGAAGAAACCAUGACAGGCCCAGCAACGUACGUCCCCCUCCCUCCCCCAACCACCCACCAAAAACCAUCAUCUAACCUCCCCAAAGACCCGGCCAAGAAGGGCCCUCCUUUGCGCCUCCCCAUCUCCCCGAAGGCUGGAUCGCCCAAUGGGACGGCAUGUCGAAAAAGUACUACUUCGUCCAACUCAGCACGGGAGCAAGUCAAUGGGAGACGCCCGACCGACCGGCACCAGGAAGCCAAAUCUCGCCACAGGCCACGCCGCAGAACCACGAGAGUCCGUAUGGAGGACCCCCCGGCGCGACGGGACAGCAGGAGUUGAAUAUCAUCACGAAUGCGGAUGGGAGUCAGAGUGUGCGCCAUGCGGAUGGGACGAUGGAACCGUAUUCUGGGGAGAGGGGGAUUGGGGUAUGUUCCUUUGUUUUUUUCUAAACUUUUUUUGAGAGGGAGAGAGAGGGGGAUGGGGUAUGUGAGGUGUGCUGACGGUGGUGUUUUAGUCUUUUGCUAUGAAUCAAUUGAUGGGAGGGAAGAAAACUGGUGGUGGUGGUGGGGGAUUGGGCUCGUUAGCAAGUUCCUUCCUGGGAGGAGGAAGUAGUCACGGAUCAUCCGGGGGAAAGCCAAGUGGAGGUGCUGGUGGUCUUGUAGGAGCUCUGGCAGGUAGUCUGCUGGGAGGUGGAAAGAAGACGAGUAGUCAGCAAGGUGGUAACUAUUCAGGUGGCCAUAGUCAGGGAGGUGGAGGUCUGAUGGGAAGUCUGGGUGGAAUGGCUGGAAGCAUGUUUGGUGGUAGUAGUCACGGUUCGGUAUGUUUUGACACCUUGACAAAUUUCGCAUGCUUUUGAAAUUGAUAUUGAUUAUAGCAGCAGCAACAAAACCAAAGUGGAGGUAACCAAUAUGGUUAUUCUACAGGAGGUGCUAAUCAACAAGGUGGAUACUCUGGAUCGGCUCCUCCAGCUUCAUACCAGGGAGGAAACGGUGCAAACGUCUAUAACCCACCAUCUCAUGGACAAUCAGCACAAACUUCAUAUCACCAACCAACUCCUUCUCAUGCCCAACAACCUUCAUAUGGAUCCCCCGAUCCUCACGGUCAAGCCCAUAAUCAAUACGGAGGGGCACCUUCACAUCAAAGCAACCCACCAUACGGAUCGCCAAAUCCCCAACAACCUCAAUAUGGUCAACACCAAGGCCAACCAGGGCAAUAUCCGCCACCGCCACAAGGUCAACAAUCUGGAUAUAGUCAAGGAGGAACACCAGGUCAAUAUCCACCACCUCCCCAAGGUCACCCACCAGGAGGACAACCACAAUACGGCCAAGCACCACCAGGACAGUAUCCCCCACCACCUCAAUAUGGACAGGGAGUUGGUGGAAACCUCAACCAACCUCAGCAUUCUCAUAUGCAAGGCUUACACAAUGCUGAGCACUCUGGGGGUCUGUAUGGCAACCCUCCUGUUCCAACCAACACCCGUCCACAAUCCGGUCCAGGUUAUGGAGGAGUGGGUGGUCCGCCAGGUGGAAGUGGUGGUCCUGUAAGUGGAUAUGGCGCAGCUCAGGGAGGAUAUUCUGGACAGCAGAAAUGGUAAUGGUGGAUGGCCCC